UCUGCCUCCCCUUCUCUGGCAAAUUCAUGUGUACCCAAGAUAGUCAUUGGGAGAUGUUCCUGGCUCCCACUCCCAGUCAUGGUGUGUUUGUCCCUUUCAGGUUCCUGCCAGAAUGGUGGCACGUACAAUGGGGUUGAGUGCAUCUGCCGCCCUGGUUUCGUUGGUCCCACGUGUGCCACCAGUGACAACAGCACGGCGUGCCAGAAUGGCAGCACUCCCAUCGGCACCAAAUGCAUCUGCCCGCCAGGUCACUACGGCAAUCUGUGUCAAUUCUACAAUGCCUCCGGAGACUGCCAGAACGGGGGCACUCCCGUGGGAAUCGAAUGCAUCUGCCCACCUGCGUACUACGGUCCCCGAUGUGAACAGUCCAACAGCACUGCCAGCUCCACCACGACCAGGCCACCCACUGCCUCACUGGUCACCUCCUCCCCAAGCACUGUGUCCUCUCUCAUCACGUCCCCAAGUGCCACCACACCACAUACCACCACCUUAACCACCACACCGCGAACUACCACUACCGCCCCCCAAAGUACAACCACAACCACCACUCCACGUACCACCACUACCACUACUCAAAGUACAACAAAGCAAGACCACACCCCCGAAUGUCAGAAUGGAGGAAUCUGGGACAACGGUCGAUGUAAAUGUACGUCCAGUUUCCAGGGACCAAGGUGUGAAUUCGCUGCGGAAGUCAUUGAGGUCAAAGCCGAGGUGGACGUGAAGGUGGACGUGAAGCUGCAGGUCACCAGCCACAAAUUCACCUCCGCACUGGCCAACAGCACAACUCAAGAGUAUAAAGAGUUCACCGCCUCAUUCAAACUGCAGAUGAAGGUGGUUUACCUCAAUGUCCAGGGGUACAAAGACGUGGUAAUCUUGAAGCUGACGCAGGGCAGCGUCGUGGUGGAUCACUACGUGCUCCUGGCCUUACCUGUAACUGAGGAACUCAACACAAAGUUUGCAGAAGUGACUAAGCAGGUGGAGAAAAAAAUAGAGGAGGCAGCUCAGAACCAGAACUGCAACAGCAACAACAACUCGUCGAUAUGUUUUAAUGCCUCCUCCGCCCGAGUCUCCGAAGGGGAACAGCCAAAGUUCAAUGGCACCGAGUUCUGCCAGAAAGCUGCCCCCGAAGGCUACAGCCAGUUCUACUUCCCCUACCUCACCAAGUCCAGCCUGUCCUGCAUCUCCAACUGCACCAAGAACACGCCCGGCUUCCUCAACUGCAACUACGGGCAGUGCCAGCUGACACGAGCCGGCCCCCAGUGCUUCUGCUCCGAGAUGGAGGCGUACUGGUACCCCACGGAGCGCUGUGACACCCGCAUCAGUAAACUGGGUGUCGGGCUGGGCUUGGCCGUGGCUGGGCUGGUGAUUGUGAGCGCUGUCCUCGGCAUCUUUCUGUUCAGAGCCAAGCAGACCAAAACCCAUUACAGCCUGCACUCGGCCGACACCGAUGUUGAGAAGUGGUAUGAAAACGACUUAAGCGAGUGGAGCACCAGUGGCAGCUUCUGCAUCAGGAAUAAAGGCGCCGACCCUGGGAAAGACCAAGACAGCACCGGCUCCUUCACGAUUAACCUGGCAUCUGUCGACUCCACUGUCCCGGUUCACAUCCAGCGGCCGGAGAUCAUUGUGACCCAGCUGUGAGCGGGCUCAGGCCCCAGAGCACCCGGGAGGAGCAGAAGACGCGGCGUGAGACACCCCAGAUCUCCGGAGAAGAGCAGAAAUGUCCCCAAUGCCACAGCCAGGGGACGGGAACCUGGAGGCGAGACCAGGCGGGGCCGGAGCUGAACAGUCUGGGGACAACUGUGGGGUCUGCUGGGCCUGGCGCUGGAACGUCAUUCCUGGGACCCUCUGCACCUCAAACAUCCUCCUCCCUCGGCAGCUGCCCUUCACAUCCGUCUGGUCCUCAGGCCCAGUCAGGGCCCUGCUGUUGCAGCCUCGGCAGCGCUGCCUGAUGGGCUCGCGCAGACCCCUGCAAUGGCAACGGAGCAGCUGAUUCGCCUCUCGCUCUGGUGUAAAUCAGGAGUAAUUCCACUGGGGACAAUUCUCUCCCCCCUCCCCCGCUCUUCAAGGUGUAAAUCAGGAACAACGGAGCCGGGCCAGUUCCCCUCUGGCUCACCAGGAGCUCGCUGGGCUCCAUCGGGCUGGUUUUGCCCCACCUUGCCCUGGGGCAGCUGGAGAAUGUGAGCUCAGGUUCACCCUGCCCAGCUGCCUCCCUGGGCUCCCCACCCCUCCCCCAACUCCCCCGCUGCCUCCCUGGGCUCC